AUGUCUCUUCUGUCGUACCUGCGCUCUCCUCGUUUGUCCUUCGUCCAGACGUUGCUGUCGCUGCUGUUGUCGUUGGUCUCGUUGUUGUCAUCACACUGGUGUGUCGGUCGGCAGAAGGUGCCGAAGCCGCUGUGUUCGCCAACUCGUCGGUUGCGGUGCACUCCAGUGCCGGGCAUGACAGACGGCUCCACGCAGUUCUCCUGGGAAACGGGAGAUGAUCGCUUCAUCUUCCCCACGUUCCAUGCGGGACUCUGGACGACCUGUGAGGAGAACAUAUUCACCGAUGCCUGGGAGGAGAAGUGUCGGAGUUUCAUGGCCCUUACGCCCGCAUCAGAAAAAGGAAUCCUAUGGCUGUGUGUUGGGAUGGAGUUGUUUUAUAUCGGGCUGUUGUGUGUCAGUUCUGUGCUGUUGUUACUGCAGUUGUGUUUGUCCAGCUGUUGUCCACUGCAGCAGCGCUGGGGUCAUUUACUCAACGCAUUCGCUGCAGUCUGCACUGUGCUCGGAGGGUUGGUUGGGAUGGUCGCUCAUAUGAUGUAUAUGCAGGUGUUCCAGGUGACGAUAUCUCAUGGUCCUGAGGACUUCAAACCUCACAGUUAUGGAUACUCAUGGGCCUUUUAUGUGGCAUGGGUGGCGUUCACCUGUUGCAUGUCGUCAGGUGUGUCAACGCUCAACAACUACACCAAGACGUUUCUGAUGGUGGGACCCAAACACAAGAGUGUGUUUUACCCCUGUAGGAACUUCACCUUCCCCCCACAGCCACCUCCUCUCUCUCCACUCUCGCCAUACUUCUCCACUCUCGUCCCACCUCCUCCUCCCUGCCCCGCCCCUCUGUCACCACGCCCCACCCCCCGGUCCCCCUGCCCUGCCCCUCUGUCCCCCUCCCUCUCGCUCAUGCAGUCGUCGGACUCGCUCGUUCUGUCGCCACUCAGUUUCACUGUGUCACCGUGUUCAAGUGAAGAGUUUAGUCCCCUCUGA